AUGGCCACAGCAACGGUAGAAGCGCGCCCGUUGCGCAUCAAGCUCACCAAAGCCGUAACGCAGAAAAAGGACGCAGAUCUAGCCAGGCUGUUACAAGAUGAAGACUCUAGCCGGCGCAAUGACGAGAAUGAUCUCCGCGCGCUCUUGACCAAAGCCAUCAACAUCGGGUACGAGAAUGGCGUCAAAUUGCUCCUCGAUGCCGGUGCAAAAGUCGACAUCAUUGGGAAUCAUGGCCCGCUCCAAAGCGCCAUCGCAAACACCAACGACAAGACUAGAAAUGCAAUCAUCACACUUCUCCUCAAUCGGGGCUGCGAGCUCGAAGCCAAGGACGCAACUGGAAGGACACCGCUGAUGACUGCUUGUCUACGCGGCCAACACGAUGUCAUACUCACCUUGCUCGCGCGUGGAGCCGAUCCCAAUCUCGAGGAUAUGACCGGCAAAAAUUGCUUGCAAAUCAUGGCAUCCGAGUCGAAGCGAAAAACGGAAUGGAGUCCAGAGGCCUUGUCUGCGCUGUUGCCAAAAUUCAAAGACCUCAACAAACGGGAUAGUGAAGGUCGUGAAGGUCGAACACCUCUCUUGUGGGCGGCCGCGCGAAAUCAGCUGACACUCGUCGAUGCCUUGCUGAAGCUGGGCAAAGGUAUGGUCGACAUCAAUCAGAGCAACGACCAAGGCCACUCGGCGCUCCAUCUCGCAGCAAGGCAUGAUGAGCCUGAGAUGAUCAAGCUGCUCGUAUUCAUGGGCGCUAAAAUUGAAGCCAGAAGUGACGGUGAUUGGACUCCGUUGCUGAUGGCUGCGAAGGAAGGGAACGAGAGAGCUAUAGAUGCUUUGCUGACUUCCAACGCCAAUGUCAAUGCCCGGACCUCCUCUGGGAUGACUUCUCUGCACUGGGCAGCGGAUAGCGGUAGAUUGACCGCGCUGAACAGGCUUCUUAGAGAGCGAGAUGCGCUUAAGAACAGCAAGGACAGUUUCGACAGUACGCCCCUUAUCCGUGCUGCCCAGAAUGGACAUUGGGAUAUUGUCGACGCGCUGCGUCCGUAUGUGCUGGAGGGUCCGACCAAUCGUAUCGCAAGAAAGGCCUGCGAGCGCUUUCGUGCCGCCGUGGUGAAUUUCUUCGAGGACAAGGAUGCGCGGGGGAACAUCAAGUACAAAAACAAGGUCAACAAGCAGACUGUCUGGCAGAUCGUUUACGCUCGAGACCAAAAAGAUCCAGAAAAACCUGCUAUCCCUAUAGCUCUUGACCAGAUCGAGGGCAAAAAACCCUCGUUUCGCUGGGUCCACCUCCCUGCAAACAAUAUCUCUUGGCUCGAGGCUCUCCUCACAAGAUACUACCUAGAAAGCGACAUGGGGGAUGUGACGGCGCUGAAGAGUCUUCUUCGCUUGCUAGGAAGACAGCAACACCGUGGCUCAGAAAUCCACUCACGCUUCAUGCGUCCAUCCUGCAAGCGCAUAUGGAUUCCGCCCAGGCAAACAUCCGAACAGACGCAAGCUACACCCCAGAGAUCGUCACACCUGAACAAUCGUAAAGUAACACCGUCGACGCCACCUCCGCCACCAUCAGCUCGGUCGACAGCACCGGUGGCCGCUGCACAAAGCCAACAGGAGGACGACAUGAUGGUCAUGUUCAUGCCAUAUCUUCAUUGGGAAACCGACCGAAACCGCACUUCGCUGACUCAAUCGUUACGUGCACCUGCCGGGAAUACAGACUCUCUAGAUGAUUCGGAACUCUCAAGGAUCGCGAAAGACAUCUUGCUCAUCCACGGCUACGUUGCAGGUUCGACGGAUCUGCAUCCACGUCGCACGUUGGACCAGUUCAAACACCACAGCACCAAGACAGACCAUCAGGAUGCCGACCAGGUCGUGUAUCGAUACUGCAAGAAACGCAGCAAAGAGCUCAAAGUCUUUAUGGUUGAUCAAUUAUGGAUGAUUAGCAUCGGCAACCUGCUGAUCUCGUGUUUUCCAGAACGCUGGAAACAACCACACCGCGACCCUCUCAAUUUGUUUGAAGGAGUCGUUGAAGACAUAAAUUCUUCAACGCGUCCACCGGUCCGAAACGUCUUCGAACUCGCGACUGUCAUCACCGAAAGGUGCACAGGUCUCUUUGACCGGCAACAGUGGGACAAUGACGAAUUGCUCUUCGCCGAAAUGUUUGAACUGAGCAUUGGCCGCCUGACGAGGAAGGAGACGAAGCUAUUCCGACGAUUCAAAGAAGCUUCGUCCCACUGGCUUCGGUCCCACGAGGGUGGAAACGUCCUGUACGACUCUCGAUUGGGCCUUCUCGACCAAGAUGACUACCAAUCUUCCGACUGGUCAUCAGAUGAACUGCAUGACCACCACCACCAUCGUCAUCAUGGUAAUGCUCAUCACGCCCACGGUACCGUUGCGGACAGCGACACCACCUCCCAUGGGCGCCAACAGAGGUCUGAUUCUUUCGACAACGAUCUUCUGAACAUCGACAGAGAAGCGGCAUUACUCGUAGAGUGCAAAGAUGUCGAAGACGAACUGGACAUACUGACCAGCGUGCUCCACCAGCAGCAACAAGUCUUGAACGACUUUGAUGCCACUUUGCGGACCACGAAGAGACUCCAACACCGCCUCGAUCUGUACAACAAAGUCAAUGAGCAACGACGGCUAGUGGAUCUUGAUAUCCUGGAUCUGGGACGGAUGGCGCGGCAAGCCAAAAGCGUCAACGAUAACCUCACCCAGGUGUUGGAUCUCAAGCAAAAGCACGCCAAUGCUGUGGAGGCGAGAUUUCAACGCAAGCAGGCCGAAGAGUCCGUCCGACAGGGCCAGACGAUCAUGGUAUUCACUAUUGUGACGAUUGUGUUCCUACCGCUGAGUUUCCUGGCCAGCUUCUUCACCAUCAAUAUCGUCGAGUUCCCUCGACCGGCCGGCGCCCAGCAAGGUGAGCUCCAUCUCGGAUGGGUCGUCAAGUGGAUUCUAGGCAUCGGGUUCGCGCUGAGUGUGCCCCUGAUCGGGCUAGCGUUUGUGGUUGGGGACGUGCGGGCAUUGUGGGUGAAUUGGAAAUUCGACAGGUACCGCAAGCGCAAGCAGAAGGAAGAGAUGAUGAUGCGCAUGGGCAUGGGCAUAGCGAGCGUCUAUGGAGAUGAGAAGACAGACCCAAACCGCUUCGAGAGAAGGAGUGGAGUGUCUCGGCUCACAGGGUUUUUGAGACGACGCAACAUUCCACGGCCGCGGCGAGGAGAGACCAUUCAUUCAGGUCUUCCAGUCUCGAAGACAGGUCUGCCUGAUGACUUUUGUGCACCUACCAAAGGGAGCUAUGUUGAAGGAGGGCACGGGCAUCGUCAAGCUUACGAAGCGACUCGGACUUCCCAUCUCGGACAACGUUAUUAUCAACAUCCGCGACCACACCAGCCGGAUGUCGUAUCUGGUCUGGGCCUGCACCAGCAAGGUCGACAAGCCAUGUCGUCGAUGGAGUCGAACAGGCAUGUAGGAAACCGGUAUCCCAGACGGUUGGGCCGUGUCGGCACCGAGACGACAGAGCGUUCCGCUGCCACUGAAGAUCUUGAGAUUGGGGCCGGAUUCGGAAUUUGA